AUGGGUAUUCCAGUGGAUUUUAAGGAGCUUCAGAUUCCGUCGUACGUACUUAAAACACUUUACGUCAUUGGUUUCUUCAGAGACAUCAUUAAUGCUCUUUGUCCUUACAUCGGUUUACCAAGUUUUCUUGAUCACGAGACAUCUCAACCCGACCCGACCCGACACGCUCUUUUCAAGGCGGCGAGUCUCGCAGAUGAGAUUUCGCCGGUGGUUCGUUUCUCCGACCUCCGUACUGACCUUGACGAUUGCUGCACGGUUUGUCUCUCCGAUUUCGUAUCUGAUGAUAAGGUAAGGCAGUUACCGAAUUGCCGACACGUGUUCCACCGUUGUUGCUUGGACCGUUGGAUCGUUGGUUGCCGCAAGAUGACGUGUCCGAUUUGUCGGAACCGGUUUGUACCGGAUGAAUGUUACACGGAGAUGGAUUAG